AUGCGGCAAUGCUUCCGUCUAUUGUCGUCUUGGAAAUUUCUGCCAAAUCGCGAUAGAAUUUUAUUCAAAAAUAAAAGAGAAGCUUUUCGGGAUUAUUGGAGGAUUACUGGAGCUAGCUUCUUAUUCCAUAUCGCAUAUGCAAUAGUUAUCGCAGAAUUCGCCUUCCCCACUUAUGAUAUCAUCUAUGACAUAAAGCGGAAGAUUUCGCCUGACUUCGACUUAUUCUGUCAAUAUGGUGACAAGGCUGAAUAUCGCCUAGAACUUUCGAAUCGAAUACGCUCACUUCAACGAGAACAAGAGCGACUUGAAUAUGAACGAGCUACUGUCAAACCGCCGGAGGCUCGAUUUGGCGGAGCUAUUUGA